AUGAUUGCUUCGAUCGGGAGGACAGAGGUCCUCACCUCCACUGAGAGUUCCAACGAUAGCAAAGGCACAACGACUCCUGCAACCAGCACCGAGGAAGCUGAAAUGCAGGGUGAUCUCCCCCAGAAUGAUACGAGUGACGAUGUUGCGAUAAUUGGCAUGGCAUGUCGCGUACCAGGAGACGUGAAGUCACCAUCCGCAUUGUGGCAGUUCAUACUCCACAAAGGUGAUGCUUCAGGCGACAUGCCCUCUUGGCGCUGGGAUCCGUAUCGAAAGCGCCAUUCUCGUAACGCGGCUGUACUGGCUCAAACCACUGCCAAGGGAUACUUCCUCAAUGACAUCGACCAGUUUGAUGCUGCCUUCUUCGCCAUCUCCCCGCGCGAGGCGGAGCAGAUGGACCCCCAGCAGCGCAUUGCCCUUGAGGUUUCCUGGGAGGCAUUGGAAGAUGCAGGCAUCUCUCCUUCCUGCCUUGCAGGUUCAAAUACAUCCGUAUACAUGGGUGUCAACUCUGAUGACUAUGCCAAGCUGGUCUUGGAAGACCUUCCCGACAUCGGGGCCCAUAUGGGUGUGGGCACAGCUUAUUGCGGCAUUCCCAGCCGUAUAUCCUAUCUGUUAGACUUGAUGGGCCCCAGCGUUGCACUGGAUGCGGCCUGUGCCUCAUCCCUAGUCGCCGUACACCAUGCCCGACAGGCUAUCCGUGCCGGCGAGACUGAUCUAGCCAUUGCAGGUGGUGUCAACGCACUCCUGGGACCUGGAUUGACCCGGGUGCUAGACAAAGCAGGAGCCAUUUCCGCAGAUGGAAAAUGUCGCUCCUUCGAUGACUCUGCUAGCGGGUACGGCCGAGGCGAAGGAGCGGGCGUGGUGAUCCUAAAGCGUCUGGAUAAAGCUAUCACGGACGGCGAUCGGGUAUUGGCGAUACUAAAGGGCAGUGCGGUGGCCUCAGAUGGCAAGACGCUUGGGAUCAUGGCCCCCAACGCGCAGGCACAGCUUCUCGUUGCCCAAAAGGCGCUUAAAGAGGCAAAGGUGACAGCCAACUCUAUCAACUAUAUCGAGGCCCAUGCAACUUCCACAUCUCUUGGUGAUCCCACAGAAACGAGCGCCUUGGCUGAGGUAUAUGGUGUGGGAUCUGGAAGGCAACCAUCCAACCCGUGCUAUAUCGGUUCCAUUAAGCCGAAUAUCGGCCAUUUGGAAGCUGGUGCUGGUGUCAUGGGUCUUAUCAAGGCGGUACUUGUGCUUCGCCAUGGCCAGGUGCCUCCGCAAGCCAAUCUGGAAACAUUGAAUAGCAAAAUUGCAUGGACGGAGAGCUUACUACGCCCGCCCCGGGAACUGGUGACGUUGCCUCAUGGGAGCCCAUCAAGACCAUUGCGGGCGGCUAUAGCAUCAUACGGAUACAGCGGCACAGUAUCGCAUGCGAUUAUCGAGGCCUUUGAGGAGCGAUCCUUGUCCACUGGUCCACUAGUUCAGAUUCCAGGAAGUGAUGCUACGCCAGUCCUCCUUCCCUUAUCCGUGCCUCAAGCAAAGCGAAUUUUAACAACAGCUAGCGGCCUAAGUCAGUGGUUACGUGAAAAUGAUGGAUCGGUAUGCCUAGCGGCAGUCGCCUCCACGCUAUCUCAGCGCCGCGCACAUCAUCGCUUUCGCCACGCGAUUGUUGCUGAGUCCGUCGCAGAUGCCAUCGCUACUCUCGACGAUGUGGCCAAGGAGGUGACAAAUCGCUGGGCGAUCAACAACCGAAUUGGAAACGAAGCGACCAAAGGCCCAGUAUGGGUGUUCUCGGGCCAUGGUGCGCAGUGGCCUGACAUGGGUCACGAAUUAUUCCACUCUAACCCGGCAUUUGGGGAAGUGGUGCGCAACCUAGAGCCAAUUAUUGAAUCGGAAUUAGGGUUCUCCGCGAUUCAAACCCUCCACACCGGCUGUCCAGAUCGAACUGAUGUUAUCCAGGCGAUGACAUUCCUCAUGCAUCUAGGCAUUGCCGCCGUGCUCGAGGCGGAGUCGGGUCCUCCUGCCGCUGUCGUGGGCCAUUCCCUGGGCGAGGCCGCCGCUGCUGUGGUCUCAGGGGCUCUUACUUGGCAUGAAGCAGCGAUAGUGGUAUGUCGGCGAGCGCGUCUUUACCGUGAGUUCAUGGGCAAAGGUGCCAUGGCCCUGGUUCGGCUACCAGCUUCCGAGGCCCGUGCGCGUAUCGCCACGCACCCCGGCGCGUCCGUCGCAAUAGAAGCAUCGCCGACCGCGUGCGUGGUAUCCGGUACUGUUGACGCGGUCCAGCGAAUAUCAGAACAAUGGUAUGAAGAAGGUAUCGAGGUGCGCGCUGUCGCCACAGAUGUGCCCUUUCAUACGCCACUGUUGGAGAAGCUGGCAGCUCCCCUGUGUGACGCGCUCAAGGGCGAGCUCCACCCCCAGGUGCCGCAUCGGGCGCUCUAUUCGACUUCGCUAGUAGAUUCACGCUCAGAGGCACUACGCGAUGCAGAAUAUUGGGUGAUGAAUAUGGUCCAACCGGUCUUGCUGCAGUCGACAGUGGCAGCACUCGUGGACGAUGGAUUCCGCGCAUUUCUGGAGGUGGCAAGUCAUCCCAUCAUGACACACUCGAUCGUGGAGACUAUCGACGAGCGGACAACAGACCGCUUUAUGGCGACACCCACUAUGGUGCGUAAACAACCGGCACUAAAGAGCAUCUUGGCCGCUGUGGGCCGUCUGCAUUGCUUCGGCUGCUUUGUGAAAACUACAGACCUUGACCCAACUGCGCCAUGGAAUUCAUCAAUGCCCGGUACCAUUUGGCAUCACCAGCCAUUCUAUCGUGCUGUUAGCGGGAUGACGGCUACACAGCUCAUAUCAACACAUAAACCUACGGCCAAUGACCUAUUAGGUACUCGCACCGCGCUGUGGGGAACGGACGAAGUGGUGUAUCAAACGCGCCUCGAUGAAGAUAAUCGGCCUUUCCCUGGCCGUCACCCACUGCAUGGGUCAGAGAUCGUGCCUGCGGCUGUGCUUUUGCACACAUUCCUACGCGCACUCUCUCCCAUGAGCGUGGAGGAUGUGUCGCUCCAGGUGCCUGUGGUAGUGUCUCCGGCCCGCGAGAUCCAGAUCCGGCAUAAUACGCGUAAUAUCACUAUCACGUCUCGUCUCGAGGAGUCAACAAGCAAAGAAGAUGGCUCAUGGCUUGUUAAUACCACUGCGACGUUGGGCGCGGCUAAUGCAGUCCCCUCCGUCAGCCACAUCAACAUAGCGCAGAUCAAGAAGAGGGUACCACAACAGCUGUCGGACAGCUUCUCGAUGGACUACCUUGCCUCUGUAGGCGUGUCUGCCAUGGGAUUCCCAUGGCGGGUAGCUCAACAUAUGGCCAGCGAGAACGAGAUGCUGGCUAGGGUAGACGCCAAUCCGGACAGUAUGCCCGGCAUGGACGAUCUUUUGACGUCUGUCAUGGAUGCAGCAACUUCCAUCGCUUCAACACUCUGGCGCCAUGCGCCCAGACUCCGCAUGCCAACAGCCGUCCGUCGUGUCGUGGCCGUUGAGGUUGCUACGCCCCAAGUCGUGUACAUCCACUGCACGAAGGCGCGAUCCUCUGUCGACGAAGCCGAUGUAUUAAUCAGCAGCGAAGAUGGCACCAUUCUGAUAGAAAUCCAGGGUAUGACUUUCGCCGGUGUCGAGGGCGAGUCACUGUCACGAAAAGGUACCUUCGGCCUGGUGCACCAUAUCAACUGGCCGCCGGCCGCGCUGGUUGAAGAGCCUCUGCAAUUUGCACACAUCGCCUUUCUGGCACCAGAUGCCACCAACUCUCACAUAGAAACCUACCAGCUGCAGCUCAAAAGUAGAGGUAUCUCUACCUCUAUCCAUGAGCAUGCUUCCGACUUGCCCUUGACAACUCAUCCGUCUCUGGCUGUCAUCUACCUUCCUCAAGUAGGUGAUCAAAUAUUCGAGACAGCCACUAGCGCCUGCAACGGCCUCGUAUCAGCAGCUCAGAUGAUCCUAUCCUCCUCGUCUAAACCCACCACGCGCCUCUUCGCCCUCACCGCCGAAACCAAUUUAGGCCAUAGUGCCCUCAUAGGCCUCAGCCGGAUUCUGCACACCGAACACCCCGAGAUCUGGGGCAGUCUAAUCCAACUCGAAGACCCCUUGGUCUUCCCACUUAUUGCAAUGCGCUACGUGCGCGAUGCCGAUGUCAUCAAGAUCCAGGACGGGGUCCCGCGCACUGCUCGACUCCGUCCACUCCGCUCCGCCCCGCUCCACCCCACCAUUGGACCUGCUCCCCUCACAUUCUCCCUGGCAUCUACAUAUUUAAUUACCGGCGGACUUGGAUCGCUUGGUCUCUCCGUCGCCCAAUGGAUGGUCACACAAGGCGCGAGACGUAUCUUGCUCCUUUCUCGUCGUUCUCUACCCCCGCGCUCCACUUGGACCGCCUCCCAUAACCCUGAGACUCAGUCCAUCAUUCAAAGUAUCCUCUCACUUGAACGCCUAGGCGCUACUAUCCAUUCCCUGGCUAUUGAUAUUUCCCAUUCGUCUGCGGUUACCAACUUGCGCUCGGCCCUCACCACACUCAACCUCCCACCCGUCGCCGGCGUGAUUCACGCCGCUGGCAUCAUCCGCGACCAGCUUGUGGAGCAAAUUUCUCCUGAUGUCUUUGAUGCCGUCCUUGCGCCGAAGAUCGCUGGCGCUUUGACGCUCCACACCGUCUUCCCUCCCAACUCCGCUGGCCUGGACUUCUUCGUCCUCUUCUCUUCUUGCGGCCAACUCCUGGGAUUCCCCGGUCAGGCGUCGUAUGCGAGUGGUAAUUCCUUUUUAGAUGCUUUGGCACGGUCACGGAGACACGAUGGAGACAAUGCCAUCUCGCUCCUUUGGACCUCUUGGAGGGGUAUGGGGAUGCGAGCUAGUUCCAAUGGAGCCCUAGAGGCGGAGCUGUAUGCCCGUGGAAUUACGGAUGUGACCCCUGAAGAGGCAUUCCGAGCUUGGAGUGCUAUAUCUGCGGUCGAGGGUGCUGAUCAUGGUGUUGUUCUUCGAGCUCGGCCGCUUGAGUCUGGAGAGCCGUUGCCACAUGCGAUUCUGAGCGAUAUCGUCACGAGGAAAGACAGAUCGAUGGAUAUGGAGAUUGGAGAGAAGAGAGAACAGAGGAAGAAAUUGACUGGCAAAGAACUGGUGGGGUACUUGCAGGCCGUUGUGAAAAAGUGUGUCUCGAUGACAUUAUCGAUCCCCCGGGAUGAGGUAGAUGAGGCAGUGGCGUUGCCAGAGAUGGGCAUGGACUCUGUCAUGACGGUCAAUUUCCGUAUGAUCUUGCAACAAACGCUGACGUUGAGUGUUGCGCCAACUUUGGUAUGGAAGUAUCCUACGGUACACCAUUUGGUUGAAUAUUUCUGCCAGGUGUUGGAAGAAUAG